CUUUCCUUCCUAAACCUCCCCUCUCUCUCUCUCUCUCUCGCUCGCUCGCACUUUCCCAUUUCACUUCUGGUCUGCACCGCAGCUCGCUUCCCUCUCGCCCCGGCUCUUCCUUUCUUGUUCUUUCUCGCGCGAACCCUCAAAAGGAACCUCCUUUUUCUCUCUCUCUGGGCGCACUUUUCUCUGUUUGUGCGGUGAAGCGUUCCCCUUUUUCUCCUUUCCCUUUCUGGGUUCUUUAUCUGUUCCGGGUGUGGCCUGGAUUUCUCCUCCAAGACUGCUUUUUGCUUGUUGGGGGGUCGUGGGUGGGUUCUUUAUGGUUUCGGUGGAUUGAGGCGCUCGCUCUGGUCUUGGGGAAUCCAUGGCUCUGCUGCUUCUCUUCUUGCUUCUGUUUCCGGUCUCCCUUGCUUCCGCGGAUGAAGGUCCCUUCAUUGGUGUGAACAUAGGCACUGACCUCUCCAACAUGCCGAGCCCAACUCAGGUGGUGGCGCUUCUAAAAGCUCAGAACAUACGACAUGUUAGGCUUUAUGACACUGAUCACGCCAUGCUCCUUGCACUUGCUAACUCUGGCAUCCGCGUCACUGUUUCUGUUCCUAAUGACCAGCUACUUGGCAUCGGGCAGUCCAAUGCCACCGCUGCCUAUUGGGUAGCUCGCAAUAUUGUAGCCCAUGUCCCUGCCACCAACAUCACGGUCAUUGCUGUGGGAUCCGAAGUCCUAACGACCCUUCAGAAUGCCGCCCCUGUCCUUGUGUCAGCCAUGAAGUUCAUCCACUCAGCGCUUGUCGCUUCGAAUCUUGACAGUCGUAUCAAAGUCUCAACCCCCCACUCUUCCUCCAUCAUUAUUGACUCCUUCCCACCUUCUCAAGCCUUCUUUAACCGCACUUGGGAUCCGGUCAUGGUCCCAUUGCUUAAGUUUCUUCAGUCUACUGGGUCGUACCUCAUGCUCAAUGUCUAUCCAUACUACGACUACAUGCAGUCUAAUGGCGCAAUUCCACUGGACUAUGCCCUCUUCCGUCCUCUUCCUCCGAACAAGGAAGCUGUCGAUUCUAACACGCUCCUUCACUACAACAAUGUAUUUGAUGCCGUCGUUGAUGCGGCUUAUUUUGCCAUGUCAUAUCUAAACUUCACCAACGUCCCCAUUGUGGUGACUGAGUCUGGUUGGCCCUCCAAGGGAGACUCCUCCGAAGCGGAUGCAACUCUUGAAAAUGCAAACACUUACAACAGUAACUUGAUCAAGCACGUGCUUAACAAUACAGGAACGCCAAAGCACCCGGGCGUGGCAGUCAGUACAUACAUUUAUGAGCUCUACAAUGAGGAUCAGAGACCAGGCUCUGUAUCUGAGAAAAAUUGGGGCCUGUUUGAUGCCAAUGGAGUGCCGAUCUAUAUCUUGCACUUGACGGGUGCGGGAACGGUGUUAGCAAAUGACACAACCAAUCAGACGUUCUGUGUUGGAAAGGAUGGUGCGGACAAGAAGAUGCUCCAAGCGGCAUUGGAUUGGGCUUGUGGACCUGGGAAAGUAGACUGCUCACUGUUGUUGCAGGGGCAAGCUUGCUAUGAACCAGACAACGUUGUUGCACAUGCAACUUAUGCUUUCAAUGCGUAUUACCAAAAGAUGGGGAAAGCUCUAGGCACCUGUGAUUUUAAAGGGGUCGCUACAGUCACCACAACCAAUCCAAGUCAUGGUUCAUGUAUAUUUCCAGGAAGCGGUGGAAGAAAUGGGACUUCCGUUAAUGGUACUAUUCUGGCUCCAUCGUCUAAUUCAACGACUUCUGGCUGUCCUCCCCAGUAUUUCUUUGAUGUUGGUUCGAUCACAAGCUCGUUGAUCAUCACCAUUUUGCACCUGGCGUUGGUUCUCUUGUAAAGUUAUGGACUCGAUAUUUGUGUCAUAUUGAUUGAUGCCUUUUUAGAUCUCUCUUUGAAACAUUUAAUUACAAUUCUUCGAUGACAACUUGUGGUCUACCCAAUUUUGUGGUUCGUGAAGUGGCAACACGGGUGGGCAAAUCCAGGCAUUUGAGCGGCGACUAGCUAGGUGACUCUUCAAUUUUAUUCUGUAAAAGCCAACAAAAGGAGUUGUUGGUGUAACUAUCUUCUUCCUAAAUUCGAUUUUGAAUUGAUUCUUUGAGAUGGACA